GGCGGCUUGGCGGAACCAGCCCCGGCUGAGGAGCAGCGGCGACUCCGGGGGCCGGGGCCAGGGCUUUCCGGGCUUCGGUGAAGCCGCCCGGGGCCCCAUCUUCCGGGGGCCGCGAGUUCGUGGUGAUUGUUGCUGCCGUCGCCCCGGCUGCCAUCUCCUCCUCCUGGGCCGCCACCUCCUCUUCCUCCUCCUCCUGGGCCGGCCUGAUUCCCUCCUCGCUGCCGCCUCCUCCUGGGCUGGGCCCGCGGUGUCUCGUCCCCUCGCGGAGCCGCUCCUGCAGCCGCCGCCGCCGCCUCCUCAUUCAUCCUCGUGCACCAUAGGCGGCACAGGCUCCAAGAUGUCCAACCGAGUGGUCUGCCGGGAAGCCAGUCACGCCGGGAGCUGGUACACAGCCUCAGGACCUCAGCUGAAUGCACAGCUAGAAGGUUGGCUUUCACAAGUACAGUCUACAAAAAGACCUGCUAGAGCCAUUAUUGCACCCCAUGCAGGAUAUACGUACUGUGGGUCUUGUGCUGCCCAUGCUUACAAACAAGUGGAUCCAUCCAUCACCCGGAGAAUUUUCAUCCUUGGGCCUUCCCAUCAUGUGCCCCUCUCUCGAUGUGCACUUUCCAGUGUGGAUAUAUAUAGGACACCUUUGUAUGACCUUCGUAUUGACCAAAAGAUUUACGGAGAACUAUGGAAGACAGGAAUGUUUGAACGCAUGUCUCUACAGACAGAUGAAGAUGAACAUAGUAUUGAAAUGCAUUUGCCUUACACAGCUAAAGCCAUGGAAAGCCAUAAGGAUGAGUUUACCAUUAUUCCUGUACUGGUUGGAGCUCUGAGUGAGUCAAAAGAACAGGAAUUCGGAAAACUCUUCAGUAAAUAUCUAGCGGAUCCUAGUAAUCUCUUUGUGGUUUCUUCUGAUUUCUGCCAUUGGGGUCAAAGGUUCCGUUACAGUUACUAUGAUGAAUCCCAGGGGGAGAUUUAUAGAUCCAUUGAACAUCUAGAUAAAAUGGGUAUGAGUAUUAUAGAACAAUUAGACCCUGUAUCUUUUAGCAAUUACUUGAAGAAAUACCAUAAUACAAUAUGUGGAAGACAUCCCAUUGGGGUGUUAUUAAAUGCUAUCACAGAGCUCCAGAAGAAUGGAAUGAAUAUGAGCUUUUCCUUUUUGAAUUAUGCCCAGUCAAGCCAGUGUAGAAACUGGCAAGACAGUUCAGUGAGUUAUGCAGCUGGAGCACUCACAGUCCACUGAAGCUCUGAAUCCUCAGGGAUGCCACCUGCACAUGCGCAUACUCUGUCUGGGUCCCAGGCUAGCCCUUACAAAGAUACUGUUCCUGGUUUUGGGGGAUUCUGAAACCUCAAACUAAUAGAACUUUCUUCUUUUCUUUUCUAGUAGGUGUAGUCCUUCCUUAAUUUCAACUCAUUAAAAAAAUGCUUUAUUGUUUAGGGCAGUGGAAGGAAGGCAGGCAUCAAAAUAUUUUGAUCAAAAAAGAUGACAAUAUAAAGGCCCAGUUGUGGCAGACAGUUUUUUUCAAAGUAACCUGUAAAGCAUUUACCAUAUCCUAAAUUUGCACUCUUUGCAGACUUGUGCACAUAUAUUCUGCUUUCAGAAUAGUUUUGCAAACUGUACACAAACAAAGAAGGGUGAAAGCUUUUUAAUAAAGAAAUUGCAUUUAUAAAUGAUCUGUAUUAGAUUAUAAUAAAUCUCCAGUUAUAGACAAUUACUACCCGUGUUGUACAACAGAUACCUUCUAUUUUAGUUGCUAAUAAAGGGCUACACAACUCAAAAUAGUCUGAUUUAAACUUAUUGCUCUGUGGUAUAUAUGAAAAUUGUUUUUUAUUAAUUUCAUCUCAGAAUUUUUUAUGUUUAAAAUGGUAAACCUCAGAUAUUAUGUAAAAAUAUUUUAGGAUGUAUUUUAUAUUUUACACAUUUAUGUGAUUUUUUUAUCACAGAAAUUAGAAUCAUAAUUUUAAAGUUAGUUUUUAAAAUAAUUUUUCUUUUUGUGUGUGACAUCCCUUUGUGUCAAAUACUAUAUUGUAAUAGAAUAUAGAUUUAAGAUCGGAGAUUGGUGAAAGAGCAUAGAUGUAGUCCUUUACUGUCAAAGAUCCUGUUUAAUAGACAGUAGACUGCAAAUGAGGAAACACUAAAGAAUGUUCUUGGUGUUUCUCAAAUUAUUGCAGACCAUGCACUGCUCUUCUUUUCCAGUGCUUUAAGCAAUUUACCUUUUUACUUGAAUUUUUAGAAAGAAAUUAACUCCCCCCCCCAAAAAAAAAGCCCACUGGAUAUUCUUACAGUUCUAAGAAUUUUUUUUGUCAUAACUUUUGGUGAGGCUCUUCCAACUAAAAUAAUGGUAUGGUGUUGUAUUACUUUCUUUCUUAAGCAUAGACCAAUUCUAACCAUUUUGACAAAAAAAAAUUGUAAUUUAUUUUAUUAAUUAUUGCCUUUAUGCAUGCACCAGAUUAUACCUAUUAUAACAUAAUACUGGGAAUCAGUAUUACAUUGGAGAGCAUUUAUAUCUUUAGUAUUAUACCAGAAUAGCACAACUUUUAGAUGCCUUGCACCAAUUUUACUUAAAGAUUUGCAUUUCUUAUUUAUUAAAUAUCAAUUUUCUGUACUUAAGGAUUGAGAUAAAACAAUGUUACCUUUCAGAUUCAAAAUUACCCAUCUAUAUAUGUGGAAAUUAUAAUCUUACAUUUAAAUAAUUUAUUUCCCAUUAUUUAGAUAUACUUUUGAGUACUAUGGAUAUUUAUUCCUUGUUUUAUAGACUAAAAAUUUCAAAAUUGACUCAGUAAAUUGCGUUUUUAAAAUGUUGUCUGAGUAUAAAACUAAUACAUGAUUAUUAUAGAAAAUUUGGAAAAUACUGAAAAGUUAAAAGAAAAAAUUGCAUUCUCACUACCCAGAUAUAGCGCUGUUAAUAUUUUGCUGUAUUUCCUUUUGGUCUUUGUCUAUGCUGUUUAUGAGUGUAUGUUUGUGUGUGUGCUUAAUAACAAAAUUGAAAUUAUACUGACCAUAAUGGUUGUUUACCCAGCAUUUUAUAAUUUCACAUCUUAUAAGCACUUCCCCAUAACUUUGAAACUGUGAUUUUUAAAAAAUGGCUGCUUAAUAUUCCAUUGUGUAAAUAUAUCAUAAUUUAAGCAGUCUUUCUUUGGAUAUUGGAUUAUUUCUAAUUUUUCACAAAUAUAAGUAAUAGUGGAAUGGGUAUCCUUGUACAUAAAAUUUGAACUCUAUAUUAAACUAGUUUUUUAGAUUAUAUUCAUGGAAAUGGGGUUGUUGGUUUAAUGGUGAGAACUUUUUAGGCCGUUUAAAAUAUUGCCAGAUUAUCCUUCAGAAAGAUUAUACCAAAUUAGCAAUUUAUGAGCCCCCAACUACUGCACCUUCACCAGUAUUAUUAUUUUUUCUAAUUUUUAACAAUUUGUUUAGUAGUUUAAUUGGUUGUUCAUUUUAUCAUCCUAUAAGAAUUACUUUACAAUGAAUUAUUUUCUUCUGUUUGUAUUUUACAGUUGAUUGAUUUUAUAAAAGACAAGAAGUUGCCUAAAUUGAGUGGAUUGUAGCACUGGGAGUAUGUUUAUGGUACUUUUAAAACUCUAGACUAUUUCAACAUCACCCCCCUUUUCUUAGAAUAUAGGUAUAUUUUUCAUAUCUGGUCAUGAAGCGGACAGAGUUCUGAACCAGUAGUUGAGUUGUUGAGUUUUAGUUCUCUCUCCAACUAACUUGCUGUCUGUCCUUAGGUAUUUCUUGUCAUGUGGACAUUUUCUCAUAUGUUAUUUGUAAAAUGUGUAAAAUCUCUUAAGCAUCUUUCAGUUUCCAAGUACUUUGAUGUUGUGACUUUGCUUUUUAGAGAUUCUGGUGUCAACUACUUAUGCUACAAAGCUACAUGAUUGAAUUACAUUAGAAUUGUUAUCUUUUGUUUUCAGCUCUACAUAUAUAAAAAUGAAAGUCUUGUUUUUAACACAAAAGGGAAAUUACCUAAAUUGUUGAUCUUAAGCUUUUCUACUUUAAGUGCCUUUAAAAACAUUUUGUAUUUAGAAUCUAAAAUGUCAAGGCUAUUGCUAUGUAGUUGCUUCUUUUAUGUACAUUUUAAGUUAUUUGCAGCAACUUUUUUUACCUUAGAUUGCACAGAACAGCAUAUUCAUGGAUUCUUUGCUCUUCUGCUGAGUGAGUCCUUGAGAAAUGUAUGCUAAAGAUUAGCUCAGUUAGCAGGUAAGUGAAUACUCUGUUUUGGGCGGGCAACAAAUCUCAUACCGAAGUAGAAUAGAGGACUAUUCAGAUGUUCCAGUGUUUAUAUUUAGAUAUUCCAAAAGGGAUGGACAGUGUCCCCAGCUAGUUAAUGUUUAUUUUUAGAGAUCUCAGAUUUUCCUUUGAUAGCAAAUAGUUCAUUCUCCAGGUUUAAGGUUUGGCAAAAGUUUUCUGUAAAGGGCCAGAUAGUAAAUGUUCUAAGCUUUGUAGGCCAUACGGUCUCUGUCACAACUAUUCAGUUUUGCCAUGGUAGCAUGAAAGCAAUCACAGAUAGUGUGUAAAUUUGUGAGUGUGGCUGUAUUCCAAAUAAAUUUUAUUUACACAAACAGGCAGGGAGCUGGACUUAGAGCUGCAGGCCGUAUGCAGUUUGUUAUCCGGCCCCCCCUCCCAGAUGAUGUAAUUCACUUGUCGUCGAAAUUAUUGGCUAAUAAUUUAAACUGCAACAAGUUAUUUUAAUUUUCUACCACCCCAAUCCUCUCUUAAUUUGAUGUAGUCUGAUUGGCUGGGUCUCAGUGUUAUUUAGUUUCAUAAAGCUAAGUGUGAAGUGGGAAUGGGAAACUAGGAACUGUUGGGAACUAGUUUUAAGUGCCUUGAAGGCCUUUUAUGUACUGGAGACCAUUAGAAGUUUUGCUCUGCUGCCAUAAAUUAAUCACCUGAGUGAUCUUUGGAGGUUUUGAUCAAUUGUGCAAAUUCUAUAAAUUAUUGUAAGUGCUUGACUACCUAGAUGAUAGUAGACAAUUGAUCGGAUGAACCUUUUGCAAGUUUAUCUGAAUAUACUAGGACACUAGACCAAUUUUUUAAGAAUGACUGUGAAAUGUGAGACUUUAUUUUGCAGUGUAAGGCAAAAUAAAUACCAUCUUCCAUCGCUAUCACUUUAUUUAAAGAAUGACACUCCUUCCCCCAGUAUUUAGGAAGGACAUAAAUAAACUCAGAUUGAAAGAGUUAUUUAACUUGAAUAACUUUAAUUUGAUUUUAAAAAAUUCCCAUACUAUUCUUUUAUCAUUUACUCUGGAUCACUGAAAACUUCAUCAAGGAAAUAGUACCAGUCCACAAACGGGCCUUUGAGAAGUACUGUGAUACAGUUGUGAAAGAACUAAUGUACUUAGAAAACUGUUAUUGAUUAAGAGGUAUACUAAAAAACCACAUGCACUAUGCUAUUCGGACCUAAGCUUUUAUAUUAUUGUUAAAUUUUAGUUACCAUAUUAUGAGAAACAUUAUAAAUUAUAGUUUGCAUAGGGAGGUAACCAGAAUGUUGAGAGUCCUAGUUAUUUUGGGGAAUGGGAAGCAAUUGAAGAAAUUGGGGAUAUUUAUUUUGGAGAGGAGAGGUUGAAAGAGGGAAUUUUCUUCAGAUAUUUCUAUGACUGACGUGUAAAAAAAAUAGAAUUGUUCUGUGUUCUAGACAGAGAAAUUAGGAGAAAGAAAUGGAAAGUUUUAGUUCCACAUUUAAUGUUCUCUAAUAUGAAAAUCAGCUCUGUUCUCAUAAAGUUGUCAGAAAUAUUCAAAAAAGCUAGAUUGGUGGUUCUUAAGUAGGGUCCCUGGACUAUCAGCAUCAGUAUUACCUGGGAAUAUUGUUGGUGUAGCUCUAACAUUAUAGAUCACCAAGUUGGAAAAAAAAAAAAAAAAAACUAGCAAAAUUAGUACAAGUGAAAUGGAACUUAUUUCAUUUGUAUAAAACAUUUAAGAGAAGUUGUUUAAAAAUAAAAAUUGAUUUUGAUCAUUUAACUUUAAACAUGUUAAAAAUUGAUGACUGUUACAUAAUUAUUACUGGUGGAACACUGAACCCUUAGAAUAAUCAAUUACUUUCUUUUUAGUCAAAACAUUUACAUUUAACAUACAGUCUACUGUUUCCUAUUAAGUUAACCUUUGAAUAAGUGGCUUAAUGUUCUUAGACAGAGGUGCUUCUUGAAUCUAAAAUAGAGCCGUAUCAGCAGUAGAAAAGGGUAUUGAGGGAGUGUGAUCUUUUGAAACCUAUGAAUGUCAAAAUAUUAAGAGGGGAACCAGUAUAAGCUGGCAGAUAGGUUUUCUCUGCCCACUUUCCCAUCCCCUACCCCAAGUGCAUAUUUGCAAAUACAAGUGAGUAGCAUGGCACACUAUCAUCAAUAGCCAUGUGAUAGCUUGUAAAAGCUCCUCACGUUAUGCUGGUAACUAUGACCAUGGCCUCUUUAAAGUUACUGUUGUAGAGGGAUUUUGUUUGCCCACCCUGUCUUCAUGAGUUCAUUGGUACAUUCUGCUUUUUGGGUACUGUGUGAAGAACUUUAGAGUUUCACAUUUGUCAUUUAUUCAGGGGUUCUCGGGUGGCCCCAGAGUGCUUUGUUUAUACUUAAGAUGUACCACAUUUACUGUAUGUGUGUGUAUCUGUGUGUCUGUGUUUAAUUUUAAUGCAAGGUUUUGGCCAUCACCCUGUAAAAUUAAUGGCAAGAAUUUUAAAAGCCAGUUCUUCUGAUUUUGGAAGCCAUAAUAUAAUGCAAUUGGUUUUUCAUUAUAAACUAUAAUUAUGUUCCAGUGCACAUCUCAUACUGUAAAAUGAGGUUUAUAUCUUCUUAGAUGUAGACUUUUUUUUUCUGUCAUCCUAAUAAUGACCAAAGAGAAUAGAUAUAUCAUUAUUGAAAGGCUUUUAAAGGCCAAGUGUAUUUGGCUAUGAGCAGGGGCUGAGUUCCAGUCUUUAAAUUUGCCAAUGUAAAUUUUUGGAAAAUAUUCUGAUUUUUCUGACCACAAUAGUCUGAAUUACUUAAUGAAUAUGAUCUUACAUACAUAUAAGUAAAACGUAUUAGAACAAGGUUGAAAACUAAACAAAUAUGAGGUGUUCACGUGUGAAUCACAGACUGAAUUUUAUGUUUUUGUUUAAUUAAAUACUCUGUUGAAUUAGAUUUAAUAAAAUUAUUUUUCAUUUAAUGAUUUUAUAAAUGGGAGAUUUUUGGAGAAGAUUUUUUUUCCCAUUUAAAACUUAUCCAUUUGAAUCUGACACAUAUACAUUCAAAAUGGUGUUUGUAAAAUUUCAAAAUUUUAAAGCAUGGAAAACAAAGACAGUCUUCAUGUGAAUUGUUUUCUAAAGGCCAGCAAAGCAUAACCUUUUAAUUGGAAGAAAUUUUUAAUUGGCUUUUUUCAUUUUCAGAUUUUAAUUGUGGAUACUAGUACCCUUACUAAUUUUAAAGGAAGGUAGACUUUAAUAUUCCUAAGCCUGCUGUGUAAUGCCAAAUGAAAUGAAUGGUAAUAUAAGUGAUCUGGUAAAUUUGAAUCUAUUGGCCUAUGAUUUCUAGCUCAUGUUUUGCAAUAUAUUUCCUGUGGUGUUUAAAGUUAUUUCAAAGAUGUGGCCAAGUUUUUAAAAGAAUUAAUUAAAAUGUGUGCUUUAGCUGCUUGCCCAAGUCCCAAGUAGAAAAGACAUUAUGGUGUGCUGGAAAAACUGGACUGGAAUCUAUUUUCGUCUGUGCCAAUAAGUAGCUACUGCUUUGCUAAAGCAAAUCAGUGCUCCUUUCUAGGGUGGAGUGUAUUUUUUUUUUUUUUAAUUAACGUGAGUUAGAGAAGAAUAAUUUGACUUCUAAGGGCCUUUCUUUUUAUGAGAAUAUUAGAAAUAACUUAUUUAAUAUUUGGUACUUUUAAACUUUAAAGUGCUUCUCUUAAUCACAACUGGAUUUUACUGAUAGAGAAGCUGAGGCACAUAACAAAUUCCAUGAUCUAUCUUAAGUUUGCUGGUUAGUAUCAGAGCUGGGACAAGAAUUCAAUUCUUCUAAUUUUCAGUUCUGUGUGUUUCAAAUACUGUACUAUCUUAUUCUACAUUUCACUUUUGGUGCUGGCUGUUUGAGAUAUGUUGACAUCAAAUAGUAAUGGAGUUUCGCACUUCAGUAAAAAUGGGAGUCAUUUAUGUAAACAUCUUCUUUUGGUGGGUUCAGAUACUCCUGAUAACUCUGUAGACUUCUGUUUUCUUUGCUGGGAGAUUUACUUUAAGACCCUGAAAUUAUGCUUUGUUAUUUACAACAUUAAAAUGCACUGCUUCUUUGUAUGGGACAGUGACAAAAAUGAAAUUUAAAUUAUUUUGUGUAUGAGUCUUACUGAUGAUGAGAUUUUGUAACAGAUACUUGACUCUCUCCAUUUUGAGUGCAUGCAUAAGGUGUCCAGCAAACACCUGCUUCUCGGAGGAUUGUUUUGGCUGCACACAGGGCAGGCUCUAAGUAACUGGGAAGAUAAUGCCCUGGGAGCAGCCCUCAGCCAGUAAUGGAUGGGAAUUGGAAGAUAAUCAUUCCAGCUUCCUUGCCUUUCUCUUCUGGUGGUUCUCUGAGUCGUGUUCCACGCUGUCUCAGAGUUCCCAGAGGGACUGGAUCUCAUUGCCCUCAGUGAGAAAUUGUUAAAUAUGUAUUCUUUAUUUUCUUCUUCUUUUCUGUCUGUCUUCCUGUUUCUUUUUUGGUGUUUCCUAGGAUCACCUCCCAAAUAAGCCUCUUGCUCUUGAAUCCUUUCUCUCAGAGACUAUUUCUGGAGCCAACUAGAACAGACUUGAUUUGGAAAAUAAGUCAUUAAUAGUGUUCUUGUUAUUUAUGGAAGGUUUUUAAAAGAAAAUUACUUUGGACAAAAUCUAAAAACAAGUAUUUUAACAUCUGGAUGUUGUAAUAAUUUAUAAUUCUAAAUAUUUUAGUUUGUCAUUUGUCUCAUAAUCACAUCAUGUUCAAUUUAAUUUUUUUAACUUCCUUUUAUAAGAAAGAAAAGAUUCAAGGUAAAAAUCUUAGGUAGAAAUCAAAGGUAAAGAUCUUAGAUAGAAAUCACUACUGGAUCUAUUUUUUAUUUUGUUCUAAAAAGUUAUAGAGUGAGUUACCUAUUUUGGUAGAAAUUGAAUUAAAACAGGGAAUUUGGUUCAGCCAAAGUUACAAAUUAUUUUCUACAUGGAUCCAACUUUCUCAUUUCUUACUAGGACCUGCUUGUUCACAACCAGGGACCAGGAUUAGACUUGUCUAACAUUGAUUGUAAGGAUAAUUUGGUUCCUGGAUCAUUUCCCCAAUAAUUAUUCUGUGAUCUUUAGUAAGGUAAAAUUUUUUGUGAUCUUAUUAAGGAUUAGGGAAUAGAGAAUAUAUAAAUUAAACUCCACAUUAAGAAAUUUAGUGCAUUGUAAGUUUAAAAAAAAAAAAAAAGGAAAUGCAGUCAAUUCCAAAUUUUUUUUGUGUGUGGAAUAUUAUUUGGAUUUUGUUGCCUCUUCUGCUUCUGCUUCUUGCUUGUGUCUUUUAUAGUUUUUUGAUAUUGCCUUGUUUGAAUUAAAAUUACUGGUUUUUGUAUGCUUUUUAAAAAAAUGAUGCGGAAAAUUUAUAUUCAUUUUAGGUACAUGUUAAUUAUCAGUCUUCUGCUUUCAUUCCCAUGUAAAAUUUGUGACUUACGUGUCUGAAAUGUACGUUCUUUUGAUUUGGCUUAUAAGAUGGAACAUAGACGAAAUUCAAGCAAGUUUACAGUUACGUUUAUAGAGUCAUACUAAGAUUAGCAUGCAGGAAUAUUGUUCUGUAGGAGAAACAAAACAUCUUAAGUUAUCCUAAUUAUAAAGCAACAUCCUUCGACAGCUCUUUGUUUUUUAGCAAAAUUACCACAAAAUGUAGAUAGAGUCUCUUUUCCCCUCAAAUGUAGUUACUUUGUGGUACGUUCAGAUUCUGCCAUGUUCUUUUGAAUUAUGGCAGAAUAUUUCUUGACCUUUCAAACUACAUUUGUCUUUUAGAAGUGGUCAAAAGUGAGCUGGGUGAUUAGAUUGGGUAAUAUGGUUUAGGGGAAAAACUAUGUAGUUAAAAAAGAAUAAAUCUGCCUUUCUCCUGGUAUUCAAUCGACCUGCUCUCAAGUGGAGGCCCAAAAAUAUUCUCCACAUGUAGUCUCUAAAAGUAAUUAUUCAUUUAUGAGUAUAAGUUCAGUUUUUUAAAUUAAUCUUGUUGCUAAUUUUAGAAAUGUUACAUCCAAGCUACUAUCUGAUUUAUUGCUAAAUCCAUAGUCAAGGGUUUUGGCAUUUCAAAUAUCUCAGUAUGGUAGGUUGAAAAUCUGGUGUAAGAACCAGUUUUUAAAGUGUGUCCAGAAAGCUGGCUCAUUUCCUGAACUCUAAAUACUUUCUGUAAGGAAUGUUAGAUAAAAUGAUUAAAAAUGGGGACUGUCCUUUUAAAGUCUUAGCUGGAAGCUGAAUUCUUGUCUUAAAUGUGCACAGUUUCAUGAUAAUGUAAAACAAAUCUGAAAAAUAGUCUCUUUUCAUCAGUUUCUAUAUUUUUCAUCAUCAGUAGGACACUUCUGCAAUACCUCAGUAGUAAGUAUUGAAAUGCAACCUUGCCUUUACUAGGUUGAAAAAGUGCUCCCCUGCCCUCUUUUAAUGUUAGGUAUUUGUAUUUGACAAUAUUGUGUCUGUCAAUGUUUGUUAUUUUGAAGAAUCUUUUAGGGUUAGUGUAUUCAUGAAAGUUCUACUUGGUGCGGUUGUCAGAUAAAAUUAGCUUGGAUGAAACAAUGAUGCAUGUUGUAACAGUUAAAAUAUCUUAAAAAUUUAUAUUUAAAAAAGCAGAUCUCCAUAACUGCUACAGGUAAUUUUGUAAUUUCUGAUCCUCAUAUUUGUUUUUGUCUUAGGAAAAUAUUGUACCUUGAUGCAGCUAUCUAAUCUCUGAUUUGCGUUUUCUGCUGUUUUAAAAAGCUUCACACUUACUGUCUCUUAAAAGCGAUUUUUAACUAAAUGUUUACAUUAUUGAAUGGGGAAGGUUGAACCAAUCCUUAGUACUAAAACAGGCUGAAAUUUAGGUCUGGUAUUUGGAAUGGAGUUUAUGACUCAGUGUCUAAAGGACAUCGCUUUUCACUCAGGUAUUGACUAUAGAGUUAAUAUUACAUUCAAAAUUACUUGAUUGUUAUUUACAUUUAUGUGUAAUUUAGAGAGUUUUGCAUUAUUAACAAGCUAUUUAUUACCACAUGUCAUUUAUGCUUUAUUUUUGAAAUGGAGAUUUAAAUAAUUUAAAAAAAAUAGAAAUAUAGCAAAUAUGCAGUAUGUGUCAUUACUUGUUUAUUACUGGAAAGCCACUUGGGGUCAGUGUGUGACAUCAGUUUUUAUAUGGUACAGUUAAAUGUUCCAUUUUUUUUUACUUAAAAUUUUACCUCUGUCUAAAGAGAUAUCUGUCCAUAAUAGAUGAAGGUUUCUGUCCCCAACUCAUGACAGAAGUUACUCUGCUAUCAAAUGGCUCAGAAAAGUAUUUUUAGCAGAAAUUUUGUAGUAAUUUCAAUACUACUUGUUAGCAAAAAAGCUUCUCUGGUAAGAAUCUUUAGCUUUUCCUGCCAAUUUCUACCCUGUCUCUUCUCCACCACCACUUUUUUAAUGGCAAAUGUUGCUUCCACCUUCUCUAAAAUUUUAGGACAACCAGACAUUGGAAAUUAGAGUUCUUUUCAAUAAAUUUUAGCCUUUUUGCCCAGGACAAAGGAGUACUGUGAUAAGUACAUAGACUUCAUUUCCUUCUCUUAUAAUGGGGUUUGCAGCACCCAACAUUCUUAAAGACUGAAAUGAACCUUUACCACAUUUUGUGUUCAUUUGCAGAUCAGCCUAGUAUACCCUUCAAGAAAGUAACAGAUGGGUUGAGUAGCAAAAUACAGAUAUUGAGGUUUUAGAAUAUGGGAAUUUUGUCAUGUUCAUUGAAGAAUGUUCUGUCAGAUGAAGAUAAUGAGGUUUAUAAAUGGAAAAUAUAAGACAAAGUUAAAAUGAAUAGCCAAAACAUUUUUUAAAAAUCCUAAACUUUAUUGAAGAUAGUUAAAUAGGUUGUCCCUAGAAAAGAAUACUGUAUGCUUUGAUUAUCCUGUCUGAUAUAUUUCUUCUAUGGAAUUGGAGACUAAAGUAAUAAAUGCCAAGAUAGAUCAAUCUGUCAUUGUCUCUCUCUCUCUCUCUCUCUCCCCCUCCCUCUCUCUGUCUCUCUCUCUCUCACACACACAGACACGCACACAACCACUGCCACCAUCACCAUCUGCUUUUAAUUAAUUGACACAGGCAAUUUAGUAAUAGUGUUACUGAUUAGAUUCUGUGAGGCUUAUUAUCUCCUAAUAUUUUAAACAUUUUUUCUAAGAUAAAAGACACUGAUCUGAAAAUAAAAGACACUGAUCUAUUUCCAUCCUCCUUUACUCUGUUAUACUUUUUCUCUGUAUAUUUAAAACACACACACAUACAUACACAACCUGCUUUUGUAGUCUUGAAUAGCUUACUGUUAACCUGGGAGGAACUUAGGUUUUCACUUCUCAGGCCAGCUCUAAACCUAUAGCUUUUGAGAGUAUAGGUGAUCUGUUCAUUUUCUAGUGUCCUUAGCCAUGACUCUUUAAAAUGGAGACCACAGCUCUGGGCAUUUACUACCCUUCACAAUAGCCCUGUAUUUGAGUGCGGGAAUGGUAGUGGGCAAAUUUUCCCCUUGAGAUGGUGUUCUUGGAUGCUGUAUUCACCAAAAACAAAGCAAAGCGAAAAACCCAGUCUUCCUCUUUCCCUUUUUCCCUUGUACUCACUUCUGUUUCCCUCUCCUCCUUCCUUGAAACACAUCAGGGAGAAUAAAACCCUGUAAGUAUAUAAAUUACUGUAUUUCAUAUUCUCAGUAGACUUACAACUUCAGCAUUUCUCCUAACGAAGAACUCCUACUAUGUUAGUUCAUCUUUGUAAAUGAUGGUUAAUUUAGGUAGCCUGUAAGUGUAUUGAAUUUAAUGAAAGGAUGAAGGAAAGAAAUGCCUAUAGGUUUCAUUGCUUAUGAUAAAUAAUGUUUUACUCUUUUGCCAAAUGAAAAAAAUAUUUAAGGGAAAAAUCAUUUUAUGCAAAUGUUUGUAAAUGUGUAUGUAAAUAUGUUUUCUUUACCUUUCAAAAAUCAUUUUAAUAAAAGUGUUUUUUUUUAGUUUU